UCUUUCAUCGAAACCAGUUCUCCUCCUUCCAGGGUUAAUUUUCUCUGAUCCAUUUUUUCCAUAAUGGGUGGUGGCAGUUCCCCUUGUGCUUCCUGCAAAUUGUUGAGACGUCGCUGUGCCAAGGACUGCAUCUUCGCUCCUUACUUCCCUUCUGAUGAUCCUCAUAAGUUUGCCAUAGUUCACAAGGUCUUUGGUGCCAGCAAUGUUAGCAAAAUGUUACAGGAGCUUCCAAUUCAUCAAAGAGCAGAUGCAGUUAGCAGUUUAGUAUAUGAAGCGAAUGCGAGAGUAAGAGACCCAGUUUACGGUUGCGUCGGGGCUAUAUCCUACUUGCAGAACCAAGUCUCUCAACUGCAGAUGCAACUAGCAAUGGCUCAAGCAGAGAUCCUUUGUAUUCAGAUGCAGCAAGAGCCUGCCUUACCUACUACUACUACUACUCACCAGAUAGACCACCCUGCAGAUGACAAAUCUCUUCUUCUUCAUAGUAAUAAUCUCAAUAACUUUCCCCAAUUCCUCAACUUUGCUUCUUCCAGCAAUGUAAUUCAAGAUCCACCUAAGAGAGAGUCUCUCUGGACUUGACUUGGUUUCCUAAUGAAAUGGUUUAUGAUUUCAAACUCUUUGUU